CGUCGUCAUGCUGUACCCCAACGCCACCAUCUCACUAACACCAGCCCAUCGGCGCUGGCUAGUGGGCUGCGUAGCCUCGCUCAUCGCCGGAUGGCUCCUGUUGCAUCUGAUCUUCCCCGACCGCACUUACUGGCCGUAUGCUCAAAGCCCCAAUCUCAAGCCCGACGAACACCCCAUCAGUUAUCUCAUCGACCGAGCCGCUUCCGACUUUAAUCGCCUGCUUGGCUCACGUUCCACAAACCUAAAAGAUGCCGCCGCGCGAUAUCGCGCGCGACGCGGGAGACACCCGCCACCCGGUUUCGAUGCUUGGUUCAAGUUCGCGGCCGAUCGCGACGCUAUCAUCGUCGAGGAAUUCUUCGACCAGAUCUACCACGAUCUAGAGCCAUUCUGGAGCAUUCCGGCGCGCGAUAUUCGAAUCACCACCGCUGCGCCAUCGGAUGAUCCCACAUUGAAAAUAAGAGAUGGCGUUGCUACCGCAUGGGUUGCUCGACGGGGACCAACCGCUUGGCGCGCCGACACCUGGUCGGAUCUCGUGAACAGCAUCACUGAGUCUGAAGACGUCCCUGACGUAAACAUGCCCCUGAACACUAUGGACGAGUCUCGCCUUCUCGUUCCCUGGGAAGACGUCAACCGCAUGAUGAAGGCGGCCUCGACGGAGCAUCACAUACCCCUUGACCUCGUAGACGUCAUCGACCACUUCCAAAAUGCAACUUCUGUAGACGUUGAUGAGUUCCCCAAGAUUGAAUGGUCCAGGGAUGCAUCCCGUAUUUGGAGACUAUAUCGAGCCACUUGUGGCCCCGACUCUCCAGCACGCCAAGUACCUGAAAGUCAGGAGCUUUCUCCGGAUGCAACAGAAUACUUCCCUUCUGAAUGGCCGAGAGAAUCUUACCAAGGUUACGUCGCAAACUGGACUACCGCCUCUAACCCAUGCACUCAUGCUGGUUUGCGCGGCCUCCACGGGACAUUUGUCCAGCCAGUGUCUGUCAGAAUCUCAAAGAAUCUGGUGCCGCUUUUCGCAGGGUCCAAAACGAGUAGACACAACGAAGUCAUUAUUCCCGCAGCGAUGUACUGGGCCAACCAAGAGAGAUAUUCUGGUGGCGAUGAGCACGGGAUGCCUUGGGAAAGUAAAACGGACGGGCUCACAUGGCGUGGAGUAGCCUCAGGCGGCCAUAGCGACGAGAGCCAAUGGACUCACUUCCAUCGGCAUCGAUUUGUCUCCAUGACCAAUGCGUCAACAGUUGCAGAUGCCGAGACCCACGACGGCAAGUCCUUGACGUUCAGGUUGCCUUCUCCUGAGUUGUAUUCCAUCAUGGGCAAAGAAAAGGUGAGCGAGUGGAUCGGCUCAUGGACGGAUACCGGGUUCAUUGACCUUCUCUGCGCCGCGCCGGAAACCAACCCGUUCUGUCCUUACCUCGAUCCGUACUUCAAACCUGUGGAAAAGGUACCAAUGCAAGACCAGUACCGGUAUAAGUUCCUCCCGGACAUCGAUGGGAAUUCGUACAGCGGACGCUACCGUGCUUUCCUACUGUCUACUUCUCUGCCUAUCAAAGCCUCCAUCUAUCGGGAGUGGCACGAUUUCCGCCUUUUCCCCUGGCUGCACUUUGUGCCCAUGGACAACACCUUCAUCGAUUUCUACGGCAUCCUGGAUUACUUUUUACAACGAGAUCACGCCGCAAAGCAUAUUGCUACGAAUGGCCAAGAGUGGGCUCAGCAGGUGUUACGGAAAGAAGACAUGCAGAUAUACAUGUACCGCUUGAUUCUCGAAUGGGCGAGGAUAUGUAGCGAUGACCGGCAACGUAUAGGUUUUGUGAAGGAUCUGUGAGCAGGUCUCCUGGUCUUCCUUCUUUCUUUUUUCUUUCAUGUUUAACUCCGGUGGCUCUCUGAGAUUUUGCGUAUUUAUCGUUGCAUCGUUGCCAUACAACUGUGUCCAUAUUUUUGUAUUUUUCUCAUUAUUUAUCUUUUUAGUUACGUUUCUUUCUUUGGUCCAUCAAAAUCUCGAGGAAAUACUGUGGUCUACCGGACAAGAGUAUAACGACGUCGUAUUAGAUAUCAACUGCAUUGCGAUAGGAAUUCAUGCGUGUUCAAACGAGAGCGUUACGAGAAGGUGAAGGC